CUUUAUGGGCGUAAGCGCUCCAUACUGAGUAUGCGAGUCCAGCGAAACAAGCGGAAACGAGACUCCUCACAGGCACAUAGAGAGGGAGAGAGCGUGAGGCAGAGAGAAAGAAAAUUCUUAAUUUGAGAUGACCGUUCGAGUGAACCGAAACUUCACCGUCAACAGACCGACGAUGUGCCAGAGUGCCAAUGCGAUGUGGUCACGGUGGAGUGCCAUGCUAGUGUGGAUUUUGCUUCUCCUCUGUUGCUCUGCAAAUGUAGUCAACACCAUCAUCUACCAGGUGACCGAGGAGCAGCCGCCUAACACUCUAAUUGGCAGCUUGGCAGCUGACCAGGGCCUGCCAGACACAGGCCACCUUUACAAGCUUGAGGUGGGUGCUCCUUACCUCCGUGUGGAUGGCAAAACAGGGGAUAUCUACACCACAGAGACCCCAAUCGAUCGUGAGACUCUCAAGGACUGUCGCAACCUUUUCGAGGGCGAUCCUUGUUUCCUAGAAUUUGAGGUGUCUAUUACAGAUCUGAUGAAAGGCACAGGACCUCGGCUCAUCGAAGGGCGCAUCGAGAUCUUGGAUGAGAACGACAACACUCCACAGUUCUCUUCCCCUGUCUUGACAUUGUCGAUCCCUGAGAACACGCACGUGGGUGUGCUAUUCGCAAUUCCUGUGGCCACCGACAAGGAUUCUGGAAGCAAUGGCAUAGCAGAUUAUGCGCUAACGACCGGCCCUGAAGCUGCCAACCUUUUCAGCCUGCAGGUAGCGCAAGACUCAGAUGAGAAACUGCCACAACUCAUUGUAUUGGGUAACCUGGAUAGAGAGCAGCGAGAUUCAUAUGACCUCAACAUAAAAGUGGUUGACGGCGGCUCUCCACCUCGCCAGAGUAGUGCCCUGCUCAGGAUCACCAUUACAGAUGCCAAUGACAAUGUACCCAGAUUCGAGAAGACACAUUAUGAGGGUGAGCUGCCAGAAAACAGCCCAGUGGGUCACUCAGUUCUACAAGUGAAGGCCAAUGACUCUGACAUGGGGCCCAAUGGAGAGGUGACCUACAGCCUCCACCAGGCACCACCAGCAGUCCAAAGGCUUCUUAGUAUUGACCGCAACACAGGCACCAUUUUUGUUAAAGGGCUGGUGGAUCGUGAAGAAAUCAGCAUGCUCAAGUUCUACGUCCAAGCUAAAGACAAUGGUCCCCAAUCAAAAAGCUCCAAAUCCCUUGUGACUAUCACAGUAAAGGACCAAAAUGACAAUGCACCCUUGAUCAGGAUCCGGGGCAUUGGUCUUGUGACACAUGAAGAUGGUGUUGCUAACAUAUCGGAGGACAUGCCUGUGGGCACAGCUGUGGCUCUGGUGGAGGUAUCAGAUCGUGAUGAGGGCGAAAAUGCAGUUGUGACCUGUGUGGUUGCAGGGGAUGUCCCAUUCCAGCUGCGUUCAGCUAGCGAAACUGGCAAUGACCGCAAGAGGAAGUACUUCCUCCAGACAACCACGCUACUGGACUACGAGCGGAUCAAAGACUACAGGAUUGAAAUCGUGGCAGUGGACUCUGGCAACCCUGCACUAUCCAGCACAAAUUCCCUGAGGGUGCAAGUGACAGACAUGAAUGACAAUUCCCCGGUCUUCUCGCCAUCCAUGUACCAGGUAGAUUUUCCUGAGGAGAACCAGCCAGGUGACAAGGUUUUGGACGUGUUAGCCACGGAUGCUGACAGUGGGACUAAUGCAGAGCUGACAUAUAGUAUCACUGGUGGAUCAGUCCCUGAGGGACUCUUUGAAAUUAACCCUAACACAGGAGAAGUACGUGUCAUGAGCCAGUUGGACCGUGAACAAUUAGAUCACUAUCAGUUUCUAGUCGCAGCAGCUGAUAAAGGUGUACCAAGCUUGAGAGGAACUGCCACUGUUGUUGUUAAGGUGCUCGACAGGAACGACAAUGACCCUAAAUUUAUGCUCAAUGGUUACAGCUUUUCGGUCCAAGAGAACAUGCCUCCCCUUAGUCCUGUUGGAAUGGUAACAGUCACAGAUUACGAUGAGGGCGACAAUGCUCAUGUUCAAAUCUUUGUAGAACCAGACAAUGGCAAGUUUAUGAUUCAAAAUGGAACGUACACCAUCCUUUCAACUAUUUCCUUUGACAGGGAAAAGGAGAGUACCUACAGUUUCCGACUGAAAGCUGUUGAUGGAGGUGACCCACCACGUUCCUCCUACGUUGGCAUUACUAUUAAUGUUCUUGACGAGAAUGACAAUGCUCCUUACGUCACCAAGCCCUCAAACUCGUCAUACAAGUUCUUGGAUCCCCGCACCAGCCCAGAAACCCAUGUAGAACGCGUUGAGGCAGAGGACAUUGAUAUUGGUUCAAAUUCGGAGCUGGAUUUUAGUAUUGUAGGGGGCAACCCUCAUGGCUUGUUCCGCAUCUCUUCAGAAGGUGAGAUUACGUUGGCUAAAGAGUUCACAUCCAAACACAUUGGUCUCCACCGUCUGGUAGUAAAAGUUAAGGACAGAGGCACACCGGUACGUCACACGACUGCACUGGUUCACAUCUAUGUCAAUGAGACCAUUGGCAAUGUCUCGCAUGUCGAAGGACUUGUUGGACACAGUCUUUAUACGCCACUUGAAAUGGACAUUGCAGGAGAUCCAGAUUAUUCUCAUGACCAGCAUAGUAACAUUCUCUUUGGAGUCUUGGGUGGCCUUUUUGUGGUCAUUCUAAUCAUUGUGGUGGCAGUGAUCAUCAGGCGUGUGCUGAAAGAGAAUAAAAGUGGCUACCAGGCUGGCAAGAAGGAGACCAAAGACCUCUAUGCUCCCAAACCGGGGCCUAAGAGCAACAAGAACAAGAAGGCAAAGAAAAGCAAAGUUCCAAAGCCUGCCAACCCAUCUGAAGAGGACGAGGGGGGAAGUCUUCAGAAAGGCCUAAAGUUUAACCUCAUGGAUGAUAGCGUCAACGAUAGCCCUAGGAUUCACCUGCCGCUCAACUACCCCCCUGGCAGCCCAGACCUGGGGCGACACUAUCGGUCUAAUUCUCCUCUGCCAUCCAUUCAGCUCCAACCUCAGUCACCUUCUGCCUCAAAGAAACACCAGGCAGUGCAGGACCUGCCGGCCACCAACACCUUUGUAGGAACCGGGGACAACAACUCAACAGGCUCAGACCAGUAUUCGGAUUACAGCUACAAGGCCAACUCUUCAAAAUAUAGCACCAAACAGCUACCGCAUCGCCGAGUGACCUUCUCCACAGCCAAUCAGGCACAAGAUCUGCAGGAUCCCUCUCAGCACAGUUACUAUGACAGCGGUCUGGAAGAGUCAGAGACACCCAGCAGUAAGAGCUCUUCAGGGCCCCGUAUCGGGCCCCUCGCCCUACCUGAAGACCACUAUGAACGCACCACCCCGGACGGCAGCAUCGGAGAGAUGGAACACCCCGAAAACGGACUGAAUUUGACAGUUGGCCACAUGCGGCAGCCUCUUCUCUCUCCCAGCCUUCGUCUCUUUUUGUCUCCCAAGAGCUCCGUCAGUAUGAAGAGGCCCGAGGACGCCAUCUCAUCUUCUCUCAGUCUGUGUCAAGCAGCAAUCCUGCGGGGCUCGUCCCUGCUUAAUUCAGCUUAGAGGCCCUUUCUCGUCCCCGACGUUCCUGAUCGCCUCAUUUUUCCGGGUAUGCCUCUCAGGGCUGAGGUAAUUAUUUCCAGAAUAAUAAUAACAGACAGAUUAGUGUGUUUAGCAGGCAGAUGUAUUGCCCUGUUCUCUUGCCUUACUUAUAUUUGCCUCUGAACUGAGUGACCUAUUAGAAUGGAUUAAUUCUGCUGUAAAAAAUGAAAGUGCUUAAUGACCCCUGUCUCCUGACGGAGAGGUGGGGAACCCGCCUGAGGAGGGUUUCUUCACACAUCCCCUGAUCUAUCAAACUCUACACUGGACACCAGGAGCAGCAGGUGUUAAAUUCUUCAUUUGUUUCUGUCUUGGUUACAGAUGACCUGACUGUAUAAAAUUACUCAAAUGGUGGAUGGCCAUUAAAUUCCACAGGUAUACAGUAAAUGGAGAGGGUGGGAUGAAAAUUAAAGAGGAAAUUAUUUAUUAAAAGUUCUGUUAUGUAAGGUCUUUUGGAGCAUGUGCUGCCUCCUAUAAUGAAAUAUUAAUUAUUUACAAAGUUACAAUGCAGCUAAUCAUUUUUAACUCUGUAAAACCUGACAUUAAAUUAUAGUCAGAUUUUUUUUUUUAAAUGCAACUGUAUAUUCUGAUAGCUUGUGAUCAGCUACACUUUCUCUCUCUCUUAUCUCUCCGACAGCAAGUUGAUACACAAACCCUCCUUCCCUCACUCUCAUUUCAUUUGCUUCAGAUUGAAUAUUGAUAAUUGUUGGUGUUACAGGGCUUGAAUUUCAGCGUGGGAUUGCACGUAUUGUGCAUAAUUUUACUCAAACUUUGUGCUCACACCCAAAGUGAGCGCACAUAAAGCCGCCUCUCAGUACUAAAUUGAGUUGUGUUUUUUUGCUGCUUAUUGCACUUAAACAGUCAAAUAUACACAAAAUAAUGUCAAAAUGCCUGUCUUGGCAAGUAUUCACGUAAACACAGUUAUGUUUUAAGUGAACGUAAACAGUUGAUAAAGAAAAUACAUGUGUAACAGUAUAAUGGAUCCGUGCGUCAGGUCUUGUGACAGCAGUGGUCAAGUGACAGCAGCCUAAUUUAACUGCUGCCAAAUUAUGAGAUAAUUUUAAAAAUAUCUAUAUGGCAGUUUUUCACCAUGGUAUCGAUGACAAAAUUGUGGACAGGGAAAAUGCUGAGUGACUAGUAACUUUGGAAAACCACGUAGCCACAGUGGCUGGUGAAAAAAGGUAAUGUCAAGACCUGCAGCCCUGCGUAAAUCAUAGUUUCAUAAAAUGCAUAUACAGUAAAUAUCAGUUGUCACUAUAUCUCUUGAUAAAAUGUCUUAGUAAGAUGAUAUUUCAACAAAUCACAAAAAAAGACAUUUUACUUACUAAAAAAGGUAUUGACUAUCAGUCAAAGGCAGGAGGCAUGUACAAGAUUGUGUACAAUGGGGAGUUUAGUUUAAGUUAGUUUAAGUUUUUAUUAUGUUGAUAAUUUCGAGGCCUUAGAAAUUGAUGUAUCAGAUAUGAUACUCUUGGCUUUUAAUGUGCAUCUUGUAAGAAUGUGCAUGAGGUAUUUAUUUUCCAAUAGAUGUUAAUGUUUUCCUUUCUCUCUGUCUCUGUCUGUCUCUCUCUCUCUCUGUCUGAAUCUGUAUGGAUGGAGGGUUUUAUCAGUCAACGACACAACAUCUAAAUCUCUUUCUUUGGAGCGGAGCGGUUUGCAGGGCUCCAAUACAAUGCAGCACUGGAGAUAGCAAGACUUAAUUCUCCCAGGAUUGUGCUGUCUCCCAGCAAUCACAGGGAAACUGGACUAGAAAAUUAACUUGUUAAAAGCUCUAGCCAUCACUCUCUGAGUCUGAUAGACAAAUCCAUCCAAAUACCAAUCACCCUCUGAAAUGAGAAAAUACAGAGAGAAUAUGGCAGUAGCCCUCAAAAAAGACUCACGAAAGCACACACAAACACACAAUGUGCACAAAAAAAAAAAAAAAAAAGAGACAUCAGAAGUUCGAUCAGAUGUGCACACAAUGACAGCUCAACAGAGGGCUCUAUGAAGUAAUCUAAAAUUGAUAUGUAAACAUGUGUUUAUUUUAAACACUGCCAAAAAAGUCUUAAUCAGUAUUUCUUUUUUUUUUCCCCAGUUAACAUGAUCUGUAUGCAUGCUAAAUUUAUUUGAGAAGAAAUUUACCUGAAAAUAAGUUUUGUACCUUACACAAUCUUGUCUUUAUUCACUAAUUAUUUAUCUUGUUUUAUGAUUGUUCAUAUACUUUUUUUGUUUUAGACUGUACACACACACAUACAUACUUUUUAUUUUUUAUUUUUAUUUUUUUUACAGUGGAUGCACACGCCCUUAUUAAGCAUAUUAACUGUAAAUAGCUGUUUAUGUCAGAUUAAUCUUUAUAAUAAAGGUAUUUAUGAGAGACUGGGAGAGGAAGAGAGCGGGAGCAAGAACUGAGGUGGACACUUUCCAAGUUCAUUGCAGUGCUAAUCCUGCAUUGUGCUACUGAAUGGGCAUUAUCAUAAACGUUUGGCAGCCCUGUCUUGCUGUACUCUGGCCAGCUGCGGGCCUCUCCAGCUCUCAUUGUUCAGGAUAACUAGUUGAGUGUGAACCGUAUAUUGAAAAUUCCCCACAUCGGAUUCAUUAAAGUAUUGCCUCAACCUUAAGCCCCCUAACUGGAGUCAGGGGCAGGCGGGCGGUUAGGGUCGAGGCCUUCAAACAAUGACAUGCUAAGCUGACAUGUGGCUGAAGCCAAAGGGAGAAGAUUGUUCAGGUUUCUGAAUUCUUUGUGUGCUUCCAAAUUUCUUUGUUGACUCACAAUCCUCACACUGCUUUGAUAACCAAUCAGGCAUUACAUGCAAUAUGAUGCAACUGCAAAAAAAAAAAAAAAAAAAAAAAAAAAAACUCAUUGGUUGGCCAUAUUACAGGUGAUUUUUGUAAUCCUUAUUUGUGAUGGGACUACUGCAUGAUGGUUUCAGCUUGGAGGGUGGAAGAUUAGUUCUCAAAUUGAGAAGGAUUUCAAAUCCGGUUCCCUUUCACACAUUCAAAUCUGCCAUGUUGACUAUACGCAUAAGAAACCAAUGAUACUUAGUCUAUAAUCAGAAUAUAGUCUAUUAAAUAGUCAGGCCUGGCAAUAAUUAUUUGUUCAAAUGUAAAAUCGUUGUGAGGGGACAACAGCUGAGAACUGUUGCAUCCCUCAGUAUUGUUCCUAUUGAGUAUUGCUCCUCAAAAAUAUAUGAAAAGAAAACCUAAUCAUAACUCACCAUACCCGUGUGUGUAGCCAGGUUAAGUAAAAAUACAAUGUGUGCAAUAUAGUGCAUAUAUUUAUCAAAACGCUUCUCUAGAGUUCAUUUUUCUAGCUGACUAACAAGUUUAUGGACAUUAAAUGGCUUUUCUGAGGUAAAUGUAAUGUUAUGUUACAUAUUGUUUACUAGCUGUUUUUAUUGACAUCUUUCCACGGUUGAAACACUGAUUGAGCGAUUACAUGAGACAUGAUACAUUUCAGUAAGUCAUUCUGUAUCUUUCAACAUACUUUCUGAUGUUCAUUCUUGUUUAUUCUGUGCUGUAACUAGUAGUAAAGAGGAACAGAUGAUCAGUUCAUGUGUGCUCUGUCUGACAGCGAUCUGUCAUGCCAAAUUAAAGGGUUAGUUCACCCAAAAAAUAUUUUUUUUGUCAUUAAUUACUCACCCUCAUGUCGUUCCAAACCCAUAAGACCUUCAUUCAUCUUCGGAACACAAAUUAAGAUAUUUUUAUGAAAUCCAAGAGGUUUCCGAUCCCCAAUAGAAAGCAACGUAAUUACCACAUUCAAGGUCUAGAAAGGUAGUAAAGACAUUGUUAAAAUAGUCAACGUGACAACAGGGGUUCAACCUUAAUGUUAUGAAGCGAGAGAAUACUUUAUUCAACAAUUUCUUCUCCUCCCUAUCAUUCUCCUAUGCUGUUUACGUGCAGCCCUUCCAGAUUCUACACCAGAAUGCCGGCUCAUUAUUGUCCGGCUUCUGCGUCAGCCAAUACUGCAUCAACGUUCUGACGUAGAACCUGAAAGCGCUGCUCUGUGUCUACAAAGUAAACAGCGUUGUUGAAAAAAACAAUGUUUUUACCAUGCCUCAGAGACAACACUAUUUUGUCAAGUGGCUAAUGCAGCAUAAUCAGAUAUAGCUUUAUUUUUAGUAACCGUAAUACAGCAUUUUCUCUGUCAUACAAUGUUUAAAAAUUAAUUGCAUGCCAUUUAGCAAACAAGCUAUCCAGCAUUUUAUUGCAGUGUGCAACAACUGUCUCAUAGCAGCCGCCGAGUGAACGCACAAAGUAACGUUAUAAUGUUUCAUACGUUAUAUCAUUUUCAACACAUUCAAAUGUAUCUAAUAUGAUAAAGAGUGUGUUACCCCACACAAGUCCCAUCGGAUUCUUUUCUGCUGUGAGGUAAAGACGGCAACUCCCAUGAUUCCACGUGUAACGGACGUAGGCUGGUAAGAGCUGUACGUGUAAACCUCAGUCCCCUGAUCUCAAGAGGCACUCUAGCGACUGACACUAGAGACUGUGGUCUUUAUCCUCCUUGUUAGAGUGCCUGACUCCCAUGCCAGGGGAGCUGGGUUCGACUCCCGCUUAGAGCAGGUGAUUCGAACAGGAGGGGUUACAAUGGUGCCGUGACCCAGAUGGGCGGGUGAGUGUAACGGAUGUAGGCCAGUAAGAGCUGUGCAUGUACACCUCACUCCCCUGAUCUCAAGAGGCACUCUAGCGACUGACACUAGAGACUGCGGUCUUUAGCCUCCUUGUUAGAGCGCCCGACUCCCAUACCGGGGGACCCGGGUUCGAGUCUCGCUUAGAGCGGGUGGUUUAAACAGGAGGGGUUACACACGCUCAGUCUUGGCGUUAUCAAGCUAUGACUUUGUUUUGAAUAGGCGACGUCUAGUGGUGAAAAACUACAUAUUGUGCCUUUAAUGCUUUUUCUGUUUUUAUGUUUCUGAAUGCCAAAUAUGUAUAAGCUACAUUUUUGCACAAAUUGACAAUUAUAUAAGUGUUUGAACUUGAGAUAAUAUAAUUUUGUUGUAGGAUUUGUACUUAGAACUGUGGCCGAGGAGAGCAAAAUAAGGUCAGCAGUGUCGUAAUGUUUCUGGUGAAGAAAAAUAGACUUCCAAAUGUAAUUUCCUAUACACUCUGCCUCAGAGGAAUGAACGAAUGUUGUUUCAUUGGACAGUAACUCCUUUUGUUUUGCUCCAAGUAGGGCAAGAUAAAAUACUGUGAACAAACAUAAAUAAAAAAACAGCAUUCUCUCUUUCUUUAUCACACUCUCUGUUUCUGCUCCAGUGGAGGCAUGUACCCGCAAUAUGAAUCCUUUUAUCACAAUUUAGUGUCUGCUGGGGUGUAAUGAAAAUUACAGUGGUGCACGGCCUAGAUGCUCCAUUACUUCGAGCCAGUGGGAUGGAUUCCAAACCCAGACAUAUUUUAGUCAUGUGAGGGGAACUGCAUAUUGAUUUCAGGGUUAAACCAGUAGAGCUCAGACUAGUUGUUCGGCCAGCAUGAGAGAGUCCCCUUCAUCAUCCAUCCCAUCCUGCUGGUCCAGAGGGAGAUGAGAGGAAAAAAUGAGCGGGAAGGAGGAGGCGGGGAAGGGGAUGGAGGAGUAGUUUUCCACCCUAAUCUGUUUACUUUGCAAUUUGUGUUUUCGGAGUGCGGCCAUUCAUUCUGCUUAGCGUGACACAUCUCGUGCAUGAGAUACAUUGCCUGGAGGAAGAGUGGGAAGAGAGAGAGAAAAACCAUUAGACUCAGCUGUGAUUAUUGUGCAUUAAUGAAAGCUCAGAGUCACUCAUGCAAGAGCAGAGAGAUGCAUGAUGUUAUAUUGAUCUACUGUGGCUGGGAUUUCAAAAUAAAUGAGUUCCCCUCUAUACAGUAGCGUACAAUCUUCUUGACACUCUUAAGAACUAACUAAGCCUCACAUUGACUGUUUUCCCAAGAGGGAAUCAUUGAUCAUUGCACUGUUCUCCCUUGUUGCGGUGUUAGUUGGCUGCUGUCAAAAUACAUGUUAAGAACCAAUGCACAAAUGGAAUAUAUCUGUGUUCUUAUAUUCCCCUGGUUUCUAUUAAAAUCCUGGCACCACCACUCACAGUUCUCUGGGAUUUCAGUUCAUAACAAUGCUGUUACCACCCUGCUUCAGCGAUAAUGGCUGUACCCUUGAGCAAGACCUGGUAAAUCUUUGUGUCGAGCAGAAAUGUUAUGCUGUUCGUUUACACAUGCAUGCAUGUUCAGAUUGCAGUUUGAAAUCACAUUAUAUAUAUAUUUUUUUCUUUAAAGGUUAUUUGUCUUUUCUCCAAUAAUGAAAUAAUUCCAUCCCACCACUAUAACUGUAAGCAAGCCGUUUAUUGGUUGAUUUCCCUGAGUUUAAACUGGUAAUUUAAUAUGACUUUUUAUUUGAUUUAAUUAUUAUUAUUAUUAUAAACGUAUAAAUGAUGAGACUGGCAUUUAUUUUUGUUUGCUACAAGAAAAAGAAAAAAAAAUUGAAAAUAUAUCAAGGCCUUUAUAAUAAGCUACUUAAAUUUAGAUGUGCUGGUCAUUUCACUGAUGCAGUUGUAAGAAACUUCUGCCUUUUCCUGUCAACCUGAAAGUGACUUUUAGUAUGCAGAAUCACUGUGUACCAGUUUAGGUAAGACGUGCAGCAGAAUUUUAAUCAAUUAAUCUCCCAAACCGAGGAUCACAGAAAGCAUAGGUGCUGGUAAGAAUGAAAGGAAGAAGAGGGGAAGAAAUUAUACUGAGGACAAAGUAUGCUGGUAACACUUUAGAA